UUUUUACUUUUCGGUGAAGCCCGGGAAAAAGGGCGCUCCAUUUCGGAGAUUUCGCACUUCCCACCCCUUCCCUUCGCUUCCUCCCUCCCUCGCCUCCGCCUCAUCGCCGAUUCAACCGAUUCGCCAUCGCCCCCCACCUCGCCGCCGUCGCCGCCGCCGCCUCGUAAACCGGUGGGAUUUUGCGGGGAGGAGGGAGUUUGGUGCGGGAGAAGGGGGCGGAGGAGUGGGUGGUUUUGUUUUUUUUUUUUUUGUAUUUUGUUUUUGUGUGUGAGAGAGGGGGGAAGGGGGCAAUGGAGAUGGACACAUCGCCAUCGUCUUCGGCGCCGUCGUCGCCGGCGGCGUCGUCGGACUCCAUCGACCUCAACUUCCUGCCGUUCCUCAAGAGGGAGCCCAAGUCGGAGCCGGCUUCACCGGAGCGAGGGCCUCUGCCGCUGCCGGCAGCGGCACCGCCGCCUCCACCUCCGCCGCCGCCCCCACCACCGCCACCGCAGGUGCAGGCGGCGACGGUGGCAACUCCGGUGCCGGCGACGCCCGACCUCUCGGCGGCGGCGGUGAUGACGCCGCUGCAGUCGCUGCCGCCGAACCCCGAGGAGGAGACGCUCCUGGCGGAGUACUACCGGCUCGCGACGCUAUACCUGUCGUCGGCGGGGGCGGCCGGCGUAAUCGUGCCGGCGGCGGCGCCGGAGGCCUCCGCGGGGGCGGUGGCGCAGCCCGGGUCGGGGUCCGGCGCGAAGAAGCGGCGGCCGCGGUCGUCGGAGCUGGUGCGGGUGUCCUCGCUGAGCGUGCAGGACCAGAUCUACUUCCGGGACCUGGUGCGCCGGGCGCGCAUCACGUUCGAGUCUCUCCGCGGGAUCCUGCUGCGGGACGACGAGCGCGCGGAGGUGCUCGGCCUCACGGGCGUCCCCGGGUUCGGCGCCGUCGACCGCCGCCGCGUCCGCGCCGACCUGCGUGCCGCGGCGCUGAUGGGGGACCGAGACCUGUGGCUCAACCGCGACCGCCGAAUCGUGGGGCCGAUCCCGGGGAUCUCGGUUGGGGACGCCUUCUUCUUCCGCAUGGAGCUUUGCGUGCUAGGGCUACACGGCCAGGUGCAGGCUGGGAUCGACUUUGUCACGGCUGGGCAGUCUUCCUCAGGGGAGCCCAUAGCCACAUCUAUCAUCGUGUCCGGUGGGUAUGAAGACGAUGACGAUCGCGGCGAUGUACUUGUGUACACAGGACAUGGUGGUCGUGACCCCAACCUCCACAAGCAUUGUGUUGAUCAGAAGCUUGAGGGUGGCAACCUUGCCCUCGAGCGUAGCAUGGCCUAUGGUAUUGAGAUCCGCGUGAUCCGUGCUGUCAAGUCCAAGCGCAGCCCCGUCGGCAAGGUAUACUUCUAUGAUGGCCUCUAUAAGGUUGUUGACUACUGGCUUGACCGUGGGAAGUCUGGCUUCGGUGUUUACAAGUACAAAAUGCUGCGCAUCGAGGGGCAGGAGUCGAUGGGCUCUGUAAAUUUUCGACUAGCCGAACAGCUUAAGGUCAAUGCCCUGACUUUCCGGCCAACAGGGUAUUUGGGCUUUGAUAUUUCCAUGGGUCGAGAGAUCAUGCCGGUUGCACUGUACAAUGAUGUUGAUGAUGAUCGUGACCCACUUUUAUUUGAGUAUCUGGCGCGGCCAAUAUUUCCGUCCUCUGCAGUCCAAGGGAAGUUUGCUGAGGGUGGUGGCGGGUGUGAGUGCACUGAGAAUUGCUCAAUUGGAUGUUACUGUGCACAGAGGAAUGGCGGUGAGUUUGCAUAUGACAAGCUCGGUGCUCUUUUACGGGGCAAACCACUGGUAUAUGAGUGUGGGCCAUAUUGCCGGUGCCCACCUAGUUGCCCCAACAGGGUUAGUCAGAAGGGGCUUAGGAAUCGGCUUGAGGUAUUCCGGUCAAGGGAGACUGGGUGGGGUGUUCGGUCUUUGGAUCUCAUUAAGGCUGGAACCUUCAUCUGUGAGUUUAGUGGGAUAGUGCUCACUCAUCAACAGUCAGAGAUUAUGGCUGCGAAUGGUGAUUGCUUGGUGCGGCCAAGCAGGUUCCCUCCAAGGUGGUUAGAUUGGGGUGAUGUCUCUGAUGUCUAUCCAGAGUAUGUGGCACCAAACAAUCCAGCUGUUCCUGACUUGAAAUUUUCAAUUGAUGUGUCAAGGGCAAGGAAUGUGGCUUGUUAUUUCAGCCAUAGUUGCAGUCCAAAUGUGUUUGUCCAGUUUGUGCUGUUUGACCAUUACAACGCAGCUUAUCCUCACCUCAUGAUCUUUGCCAUGGAGAACAUUCCACCAUUGAGGGAGCUAAGCAUUGACUAUGGAAUGAUUGAUGAAUGGGUGGGAAAGUUAACCAUGUAGUCAGGCUGUCUACUAGAAGGCAAUACUCAGUUUAUCUUCCUUUGUUUUGAUGCUUUCAUAAUCCUUCUCAUGGAGAUUUUUGAGGUGAUUGCUGACAACAAGUUUCUCUGAUGUAAUAAUGGGCCUGACAGACCAAGCCUCCUAAGCAACUCAUCGUUGCUGCCUUGCUUCAUUGUGUCUUCUACUGCCAACAACUUCUUGUGCCCUCAAGUCAUCCUCUCUGGCCAAUAUGUGGAUUUGUUUUGUGGGUUUGAUGGUAAUGUUAUCCAUGAUGCUACUAUGGGACACAUAUGUUCACAGUAAAUUGGGUUCAGUGACCUAAUAAAAGAAACAAAUAUUAUUAAGAUUAGGCAAUGCCAUGAUUUAGAAAUAAACAUGGCCUUGUGCCAUCUCCCAAAACUACCUAAAAAUAGAACAAAAUGUGUUUGAUCUCCAUGUAUAGGCAGUAAAACCAUAGUUUUGCGGCCAUAACUAUUUGGAAGCUUGUUUCAUGGCACACCAUGAGAAGGAUGCACACAUGUAUCUGCUUGUCCUAUGUUUUAUGGGCUCAUGGCACUGAUUGUAAAUGUGAAUGUCUGGUCCACCAUUAUCUUCA